UUUUUUAAGUAGGUUUCACAUGGUGAUGCUUCUCAGCUGUUGCAUGCCCAGGUGAUGCUGUGAAAGGCUGCAUUAGGAUCAGAAGCCCAGUGGGGAGGCUGCCGGGGUUGAAGCAGAGCCAUUUGUUUCAUGUAGACUUCCGAUGAGCAGUGAUGUCCAGCAAAACUCUCCUUCAAAGUUAUCCACCCCAAACCUUCACUGUGCUCUUGGCAUUUUUUGCAAGGAGAGAUUAAGGGUGAGCAGCAAAGGUUUGCAACAGCUAUGCAAGCAAAAACAGCAAUCCCCCCAAACUGGGUCUCUUGGAGAGGAAGAAAGAGACUGCCUGGAGACGACCUUCACAACCACAAUCCUACUGUAACUUUCUGCAUGGAAAGGUUUCUAAGUUUAGCUAAGAAAGUAUUUUUAUUAUUGUUAAUGUGAAAACCUGAUGUGUGGGGAGUCGCCAUGGUGCAGAGAAAAAGAAAGGAGGAUCUAGCUUUCAUUUCCAGGACCCAUAAAGUAUUUUUCUGCUUUUCUCCUUGGUGCUUCUAAGCUGAAAUGCUCCAUCCAGUGCUCCCAGAUGCUGCUUGGAUAGUUUCUGCAGGUGGAAGAUGGCAAAAACAAGCCCCAUUGGACAUGAUUCUGCAAGUUGUCCCAUACUAGAGGAAGAGCUGUCACCUGCCAGUUUUCUCCAGCUACCUUUUCAUCGCCUUGCUGCCCUCUCCCCAGUGGGGAAUGGCCAAAAAACCCAAGGAGGUCUCUCGUCCAUGAAGAUUUGUCCUUAACUGGUUGUUUCCAUCAGAUCUGAGCAAAUCCUAACCUGUGCUUUGCUCUAUGUUGUAUGACCCCGAUGUGAACCACUGCAGGAGUUGCAGAGGAGAUGAAUGACUCUCCAGGCUGCGUGCUGACUCCAGGAACCAAGAAGGAGCUUCUUCCCAAGGAAAAGGAAAAUGCAUGCCCAGAUCCUUGCCCUGGCACUGGCUGUGGUGCAGUACAGAGCUGUGGCCGUUCAUGAAGCAUGCAGGACGGCGGAGGUGGCCGACAUUCUGUUCCUCGUGGGACAGUCACAGGGCGCAGGGAGGGAGAGCUUCCAGCUGGUCAAGGACUUCAUCAGCAGCAUGGCGCGUUCCUUUGAGAACGUGGUGAUGGGCAAAGGAGGCAUCCGGCUGGCGGUGGCACUCUACGGGGAGACACCAAGGAUGAGUAUUGAGCUCACAGAUUAUGUGACCAUCGAAGAAAUGCUGGUGGCAAUUCAGGAUCUCUCCCUCAAAGGCAGCAGCCUAAAAACAGCGUCGGCUCUGGCAUUUGCGGCUCACUCCAUGUCUCGCCUGGACACACUGCGAGAGGAUGCGGCAAAGGUAGUUGUUUUGAUCACAGAUGGGAAAUCCAGCGACUCAGUGGAAGACGAAGCCCAGGUCCUGCAGGAUGGGGGGGUGACAGUAUUUGCUGUAGGAAUUAAGGAUGCUGACAAGACUGAACUGAACACAAUAGCUUCAGAGCCCACUGCAGAGCACGUGCUUUACAUUGAAGAUUUCCACCUGCUCCACAACGUGGCCCCCAAACUCUCUCGAAGGCUCUGUGUCACUGCCUCAGAGCCGCCACGACCCAUCAGACUGACUGUGCAAGCUGAGAAGAUCAUCGGCCCCCGGGAUUUGUACGUCAGCGAGCACAGCCACAGCUCGCUGCGACUCACGUGGGUGCCAGCUACAGGGAGGGUGACGGGGUACCGCGUCCAUCUGCAUCCCUUGCUGCCUCCGGGGCAGCCGGUUUCGGAGGACCAGCAGCAGAUUGUGGUGGAUGGUGACAAAAGUACCGUUCUGGUGACUGACCUGAAACCCAACACCAAGUAUGUCUUCACAGUGAGGGCCAUCUAUGCAGAUGCCCUUGGGGAGUCAGCAGCUGUCAAGGGGAAAACAACACCUGUGCCUCCAGUCACUAAUUUCCGUGUGAUAGAAGAAGGACUUUUUAGCUUGAAGGUGGCUUGGACACCUCCACUGGGCAAGCUGGAGGGCUACAAGAUCUACAUCCCCAGAGCCAACAGACCAGGAAUGAUGUACGAGCAGGUUCUGCUGGGCGACGUCUCUUCCCACGUGCUGGAUAACUUGCAGGAGGAUAGAGAAUACAGCAUCAGCAUCUACGCAGUGUACCCCCAGGGGCUGAGCCAGCCUGUGGCUGCUGUGGGGAGAACAUUGAAGCUCCUACCUGUGAAAAGCAUCUUGCUGCAGAACGAGACCACUGACACGCUCCAGGCAAGGUGGAGCCCUGUCCGGGGAGCGACAGGGUACAGACUCACCUGGACAUCAGCAGAGGGCAGUAUCCAAGAUGUGAAUCUCAGCAACACCUACAGCUACUACAUGAUCCAGGGACUGCAGCCUGGCACAGAGUACACCAUCACCAUCAACCCCAUCUUUGGGGAUGUUGAGGGGCCAGUGGUGAGCGGAAGAGCAACUACGGUGGCAUCAAGCACCGUCCAGAUGCUGAAAGUGAGUGAGAUAUCUAUCAACAGUGCUCUGGUCUCCUGGGACUCAGUUGCUGGGGCCACUGGGUACCGAGUGGCUUGGGGUCCUACACCAGAGUUCUUUGGUAAAGACCGUCCUCGCCAGCUGGCCCUCAACAAGUCAAUCACGGCCUACCAGCUCCGCAACCUGGCCCAUGACACCGAGUACGUGAUUUCCCUCUACGUGCUCUUUGGCUCGGUGGAGGGACCAGGGAUCACGACCUCAGCCAGGACAUCUCCUCUUGGCUACGUCUCCAAUUUCAAGGUGAUGUCCUACACCAGUACAAGCCUGUCUCUGGGAUGGAGUGCCACGGCAGCGGCCACCAAAUUCAAAGUCACCUGGAGUCCUGUGGGAGCAGGCAAAGAAAAACAGGUUGCCAAGACUCAGUACCUGGGCAGUAGGGUGUUGGCUUACCGGAUUGACCACCUGCUGCCCGACACCCUGUAUAAAGUCAGUGUUCGGGCUGUCUUCAGCAAGACGGAGGGACCAGAGGUGACUCUGACUCACCGGACAGCAUCUCUUGCAGACUCCAACCCCAUCCAGACCGUUCAAGAGCUGAGGAUUACUGACACCGGCAUAAAUAGUUUGAAGGUGUCUUGGAGGAGGCUUCCUGGGGUAACUCAUUAUAAGAUAUCCUGGGUACCAUUCAAUGGUGGCUUGGAAACCUCCCAGGUGGUUGCAGCAGAGACAGUCUCCUUCACAAUCCCCAAACUGCAGGAGAGCACCACCUACACCAUCUGCAUGUCUGCAAUGAUCGGGGGGCGGGAGGGAAGCCCCACACUCCUCACAGCCAAAACUUUGGAUUUACCCAAAGUGACUGAGUUCACAGUGCAGGAGGCUGCAGAGACCAGCAUUUUGCUGACUUGGAUGGCUGUUCCUGGGGCAUCCACGUACCUAUUAACAUGGCGCUUGUCCUCAGCAUCUCAUCUUUCCCAGGAACUGUUAUCAGCAGCUUCUAGAUCAUAUCGAGUGACAGGACUGAGUGCCAAAGAAAUGUAUUUGUUUUCUAUAAGACCAGUCUUUGGAAACACAGAGGGACCAGAGACAACACUCCUUGGGCAAACAGUGGGACCUCACAGAGAUUCACCUGCGCCAAUCUCUCCAGUGACUUCUGCAAAAUGGGAUACGGUGAGAUCCCCAUCCAUAUCUCCUAGCACUGUGGGGAGCACUCCUCUUCCACUGGCCACCACCACAAAGCUACCACCAACCCCAGAGACCCCGCUAUCGACCACUGUAGUCUCUGCACUGCUCACAACUCUGCCUGCGCCAAUCUGUGGCAAGUUCAAAGCAGACAUUGGGUUCCUGGUGGACGAGUCCUCAAGUAUUGGCCAGAGCAAUUUCAAUAAAGUGAAGGAUUUCCUCUUCCGGAUCAUUUCCUAUUUCCCUAAGAUUGGGCCUGAAGGAACGCAGGUUGCUGUUGCUUUAUACAGCGAGGAAUCCAGGGCAGCUUUCCACUUCAACCAGCACCGGGACCGCAACAGCGCCCUGAAAGCCGUCAAAGGACUGCACUACACUGGAGGCAAUACAAAAACAGGUCGUGGUUUAGCCUACAUGCUAAAGGAGAUAUUUCAGUCCUCCAGAGGGAUGAGACCAGAUUUCCCUCAUGUCCUGGUCCUCAUGACUGAUGGGCGAUCCCAGGAUGAUGUGUUGCCACCAGCCAGAGUAGCCCAUGCUUUGGGGAUCCGUGUCAUUGCUGUGGGUGUCUCAGGAGCUGACCCCGUUGAGCUCAACAGCAUCUUGCUGCAGCAGAACCUUCAGAACGUUUUCUAUGUCAGCACGUUCAACGACUUCCCCCAGAUACUCCAAGAGCUGAUAGAAGUCAUUUGUUCUGACCCACAGCCUUCAGGGGCCCACCCACCAUCUGGGGAGGUUGCUAGACAUGAAGCCGACAAUCAGUUGCCGUUUGGAGACACAGAGAGCAAGCCACAUGUCCCUGAUCCAUCAGCUGAACCACAUAUCCAAAAAGAAGAGGAGGCUUGUGGUCCAUGGUGCUUAAAGAGCUUCAGGGGCAUACCAGCUCAUGGAGGCUAUGAUCCAUACAGCUUUACUGCAAAGGGAGAGAAAGGAGAGAGGGGUCUACCUGGGAAGGAUGGCAUCCCUGGGCUGCCAGGCAGACCGGGACGGACAGGUCCUCCUGGUCCCCCUGGAAUCAUGGGUCUCCCUGGCAUCCAAGGUGAUAUUGGAUCCCCUGGCUACCCCGGACCAGUGGGGCCAAAAGGAGACAGAGGUUACCCAGGCUAUGUCCUGGGAGGAGUAGAGGUGAUUCCUGGCCGAAAUGGACACCCUGGCCCCCCUGGACAGAAGGGGCAGCCGGGGGUUCCUGGGGUAGCAGGACCACCAGGUUUACCAGGUUUACCAGGGCCACAGGGGCCACCAGGGAUGUCCAUCAAGGGCGAACGAGGGGAUUCAGGUAUCAGGGGCCCUCGUGGGAGGAACGGCCUCAAGGGUGACAGAGGAGGCGUGGGAGAGCCGGGGAAACCUGGCUUGCCAGGCCCUGUAGGGCUAGAUGGUGUUCCUGGACUGCCCGGACCAAGGGGAGAAAAGGGGAUGGCAGGAACUGGCAUUCCUGGCACUGUUGGCCCGAAGGGGGAAGAAGGAGAGCAGGGGGCGAUGGGACCUCCAGGAGUACCAGGACCAAAGGGUAACAAAGGGCAAGGUGGUGUUAAAGGGGCAAAGGGACUCCCAGGACCUCCAGGGCAGAAAGGAGACCAAGGGAACCCAGGAUUUCCAGGUGCUCCAGCUAUGGGGGUUUUGGGACCUCCAGGCAAGAAGGGUGUCAGGGGAGAUAUUGGACCAACAGGGGCCCUGGGACCACAAGGAGACAAAGGAAUACAAGGAGACAAAGGAGAGAAGGGAAGUCCAGGUUUCGGCAUUCCUGGUCAACCUGGUCUAAAGGGAGACCCAGGCGAUAGGGGAAAUGUAGGUUUGUCUGGCAAACCAGGUCAGAAGUUGCAAAGUGGAGAAGGAAGCAAGAAGUGUUUUGGGUUGGAAGAAGGCAUGGUGAGGUGGCUGAGUGAUGAGGAAGGUCUCUAUUGUACAAACAUCAAGCAGAGCAGAUGUGGGGAUACAGGUCUGAAGGGAGAGAAAGGUGAACCAGGAUUACCUGGGAAACCAGGCGAGGUCGGACUAAGAGGUAAAGAUGGAGAACCAGGGAAGAAAGGCACCUCUGGGACCAAGGGAGAAGCUGGUGUCCCUGGAGAACCGGGAGAGAGAGGAAUCAGAGGUCCACCUGGACUCCCAGGGCGGCCUGGAGAGCAGGGGAUAAAAGGCGAUACAGGACAACCUGGAAAGGAUGGUGAGCCUGGGCUGCCUGGGACUCCUGGAAGCAUUAUGUCUUCUCUGGAGAGCAUCAUCACCCUGAAAGGCGACAAGGGGGAUUGUGGAAAGGACGGCUUGAAAGGCGAAAGAGGUCCUCCAGGCCCAAAGGGGGAACCUGGUCCACCAGGCAAAGGAGUGGAAAUGAAGGAUCUGGAGAGGCUUUUUGAAGCAAAUGGUAUCAAGCUAGCACUGCUGAAGGACCUCUCCAAUGCGCUCCUGAGGGAUGGGCUGGACAGGCUGGUGCAGCAGCUGGGUGGCUCCAGGGCAAGCAAGACCUCCAGGAGAAAGCAGGCACCUUCGCAUACCACCAAGCAUGGCGAUUCACUGGUCUUUGAUACUUCUCGUGAUGCCCUGGCCAGCACCAAGGUGACAGAAGAAGCACAGAGCCUGGAGGUGGAGGCUCAGUUUACUGUGCCAAUGUCCAGAGGACUCCCUAAGGGUCCAUCUGCUGGUGGUUCGGAACCUGAGCACCAGCCUCUAGGAAACCCUCCUGAGUCCUUGGAGAAAACAUCUGAGGAAAGAAAGGAGAGAGACCCAAGAGGGACAAACACUUCCCUCAGCAGUAGCUUGUCUGUGCCCCCACCACACCCAGAAGAUGAUCUGCAAGGAAACCAGUCCAUGGAGCUUCUCGAGUCCUUAGAGGAGAUGGUGGAAGGACAACCACAGCAGGACACCAUCCAUGAAAAUGUGAAUUUAGAUGAUGGCUCCGCACUCCCAAGGCACUUUAGAGCCAGGAGAUCUGCCGAGCGUGAGACACACAAGGUUCAUCCCCCUGGUGCCCCGGGAGCUUGGAAAUCCCUGUCUGGAUCCGCGGCAUACCCAGGCCCUCAUCACCCGAGGAGGAUUAAGGAGGAGGAAACUGGCCCAGCAGAUCCACCCUCCCAUGGCCAAAAGGGAGAAAUGGGAGCUCCAGGAGCCCGUGGAGACAAAGGAGAAAAGGGGCAGCCUGGGGACAUGGGGGAACCUGGAGAAAAGGGCACCAAAGGAGAUAAAGGUGAUAAUGGUCAAAAGGGAGAACCGGGAAUUGGGUUCAGAGGUCCUGUUGGUCAGGCUGGGCCACCUGGAUUUAAGGGUGAGCCAGGGGCCCCAGGACCUCCAGGAGCUCAGGGCAUCCAGGGCAUUCGUGGCAAUGCCGGCACCCCUGGGUCACAGGGGGACAGAGGGGCUCCAGGUCUGGCUGGGAUGCCAGGACAGAAGGAUUUCGUUUUCAAGGGGCAGCGUGGCAAGAGAGGCCGGAAUGGAUUUCCUGGGCCCGCAGGACCAUCAGGAUCCCCAGGAAAAGAGGGGAUUCCUGGGACACCUGGACCCAAAGGCAACAAGGGAGAAAUUGGUGUUGGAGCCGCUGGCCCAAGAGGACCCCGUGGACUCCCUGGCCCUCAGGGUGACGAGGGCAUUGUGGGAGUCCGGGGCCCCACUGGCAUGAUGGGUCAAAAGGGCUUCCCCGGUGUGAAAGGCAAAAGGGGUGAUCGGGGACUUCUUGGACCCAAGGGAGAAAGAGGUGAGCCCAUGACUGUUUUUGGACCCCAGGGCUAUAAAGGCAGUAAAGGAGAUCCCGGUGAACAGGGCCUGCCAGGUUUUGAUGGAGACAAAGGCGAGAAGGGAGAGGAUGGGCCUGUAGGAGAAAAGGGAGUCAAAGGUGAAGCUGGCUCGAAGGGAGUGAUGGGGCUUUUUGGAACAAGAGGACCAGUGGGACAGAAGGGGGAGCCAGGAGAACCAGGCUUGCCAGGCUCUGCCGGUGCAGCAGGUCUCGAUGGGAAGAAUGGAAACAAGGGAGCCAAAGGUGACAGAGGUCUUCAGGGGCAGAAGGGGAAGCCGGGAGAGAAAGGUGAUCCUGGGACCACUGGCAACAUCGGGCAGAAAGGAACAAAGGGCUUACGAGGGCUCCCAGGACGCAUCGGUGCUCCCGGAGCCGAGGGCAUCAAGGGAGAAAUUGGCAGUCCUGGAAAACCAGGAAUCCCAGGAUCAGAUGGACCAUAUGGACCAAAGGGUGAACAGGGAGCAUCGGGAGAUGAUGGUGCCUCGGGGAUUCCUGGGGAGAAAGGAGAAAAGGGAGCCAAGGGAGUUCCUGGCUUGGGAGGCUUCAAAGGACAAAUGGGAUUGCCUGGGAGGACUGGAGCUGCUGGACCAGCUGGACCUCAAGGGCCACAGGGCGAACCAGGGCCACAGGGUGCACGAGGGAAAAGAGGGAGACCUCAGCUCUGCCUCAGGGGACCCCCGGGCAUGGACGGGCAAAAAGGAGAAAUGGGUGAAAAUGGUCUAGCUGGCCAGAAAGGAGAAAAGGGAGAUCCUGGUCUUUCUGAGGAAGAAGUGAAGGAGAUGGUCAGGAACGAAAUAAGAGGCAGAUGCGGUCUGGAGGCAUCUGAAAUCAACAGGCAGCUCCAAGGGUAUUUUCAGCCUCGGGGACACACCAGAAGGGAUGGUGAAAGACAAGAAGAAAUGCUUAACAAAACUCAGAGCAUGACCGCUUUGGUGGCUUUGGUGAAGCCCUUCAUGGAGCCACCUUCAUUUAUUGCAGCAGCUCCUCAUGCACAGCAGAUAACGGGUCCCUCUCAGCACAAGCGCCAAGAAGCCCACAGUCAAUUACCAGCCCCCUGUCUGCAGCCGAUGGACGAGGGUUCCUGCCAGCACUACGCCCUGCUCUGGUAUUACCAUGCAGAGGCAAACGCCUGCCGGCCCUUCGUCUUCGGGGGAUGCCGAGGAAACAGCAACCGCUUCGAAACCAAGUGGAAAUGUGAGCGGCGGUGCAAAACCUCAGCAGUCAGAGGGAGGUGAUCGGCUGUAAUUGCCAUGUUUAAAUAAAAAAGAAAUGGAGCUGCGAGAAGUGUCUCCUGGACAUCUUGGAGACUGGACAAGCAAGACAAACCAUUAAUGUGAAGAGGCAAAGGAUCUGUGACAAAAGAUAUUGGAAAACUGUAAUUAUGAGCAGGAAAUAAAGUGGUAUGAGGAGAGGGAAACAUCUGCUCAGGAAAGCAGCGAUGUCCAGAGGUUCACAACUGCACCGCUCACCCCAUAGGACUACUGUGCAAAACCAGGUGACACAUACCCCUGAGUUUAUUUUUGUAAAAUAAAAGUGUGUUAAUGCCA